GAUAAACUCAGUGAAGUGAAGCUUUGGUUCCAGUCAAUACCAAAUUGUCGAGAAACCAUAAGCGGGACCGGAAGGGAUAGGAGAAAAGAGAGGGGGCACGCAAGUCCAACAGAGGGAGAGGGGAGAAUAACGUCAGACCCAACUAAGACGAUUAUCGAGUAGGGGCCAGCACAACGCAGAACUUGAGUCACUAUCACGGCUAUUAUCCCUCGCCCUCUGUUUACCUCGAGUCUGCAACAACAAAGAUGGCUGGUACAAGGAACUACGACUUUCUGAUCAAGUUACUACUUAUUGGGGACUCUGGGGUGGGAAAGUCAUGCUGUCUAUUGCGAUUCAGUGAAGACUCGUUCACUCCGUCGUUCAUUACUACCAUCGGAAUCGACUUCAAAAUACGUACCAUCGAAUUGGACGGUAAAAGAGUAAAGCUCCAGAUAUGGGAUACAGCUGGGCAAGAGCGAUUUAGAACUAUCACUACUGCUUACUACAGAGGAGCCAUGGGCAUUCUUCUUGUAUACGAUGUCACUGAUGAAAGAUCAUUCCAAAACAUUCGCACCUGGUUCUCAAAUGUCGAACAACAUGCGAGCGAAGGCGUUCACAAGAUCCUUAUUGGCAACAAAUGUGAUUGGGAAGAGAAGAGGGCUGUGUCAACCGAGCAAGGGCAGCAAUUGGCUAAUGAGCUGGGAAUACCAUUCCUUGAAGUAUCGGCUAAGAACAACAUCAACAUCGAGAAAGCGUUUUAUGAUCUCGCAUCCGACAUCAAAAAAGGAAUGGAUACGUCGAAGUCUGAACAGGUCGGCUCUCAGGGCGUGAGCAUAGACCAGCAAGGUUCCGGGUUGAAUGGCAGCGCAGGUGGGAAGUGCUGUUGAAUAGAUAGUGCACCCUCAUUUGGUCUUCGGGUUAUAUCUUUCCAUCAUGACUCUAUGUCUUUGCGCGUUACAGGUUUGUGU